AUGGCCGCACCUGCAAGCGAAACCCAAAUUAUGCUUCGAACGUUUAGGGCAUUUGCCGUCAACGAAGACAGCUCUGUCUACUUCCGCUUAGUUAUCGAUGGCGGCAGUCAAAGAACAUUUAUUCGUGAGGAUCUUGCCAAAUUGCUCAAGCUAGAUGUUAUUGAUACAAUAACCCUACGUGUAAAUACGUUUGCAAACGCCAAACCUGCGAAUGGCAACAGGUAUAAUGUGGUCAGAGUGCGCGUGAAGAGUCAGCACACUCCAACCGAAGUAACGCUUGACGCCAUCGUGAUACCGUUUAUAUGCAAUGAUCUCACCCAAACACCGGUGGAGAGCGAGUUUGUAAAAGAGGUCCACCACGACGGAGGUUUCCUAGCUGAUGUGAUUUUGCAAUCACCAUGUCCAACGAUCCACGGUGUGAGCUUUCUCCUCGGAUCCGACCAAAUGUGGAAGCUUCUUACCGGCCAAGUGCGGAAAUCGCAGACGAACGACCGCUUGGCAGCCAUCGAAACUGCACUUGGAUGGACGUUCCAAGGUCCAGUAUGCACAAGAGCUUCCGUGGAGCAAAACGCAAACCUGGCUGUUUGUGUUCUGAGAGUGGACACAACAGAAACGUGCCUAACAAAAUUUUGGGAUCUGGAAGCUAUCGGCAUUACGGACGAUCCUAAAUCUCCAAACGAAAGUGAGGCGGAAGUAAUGCGACGUUUCACUGUUGGCCUCAGACGCAACGAAGAACGGUACAUUGUGUCACUGCCAUGGAAGGAACAUCACGAAAAGCUUCCCGACAACCACGAGGUAGCCGCUACAAGAUUAAAGAAUUUAACCAAGAAACUGAUCAGAGAAGGCAACAUGGACGAGUAUGAUUUGGCCAUACGCAACUACAUAACGGACGGACACGCAGAAAAGGUUCCCGAUGUUGCAACAAACGAAGCACAACCGGUGUACUACAUGCCCCAUCGCGCUGUCGUGCGAGAGAAUGCCACAUCAACAAGGCUACGAAUAGUGUUUGACGCCUCAUCGCACGCACCUGGGAAAGCUUCACUUAACGACCAUCUUGAAAAGGGACCAAAACUGAACUGUGAUUUGCUGCCAGUCCUUCUCCGUUUCCGAACGUAUCGAGUUGCUAUUACCGCUGACGUACGCAAAGCAUUUCUACAAAUUGAAGUACAGCAAGAGGACAGAAAUGCACUACGCUUCCUGUGGUUCACCGAGAAACCGGAGAACGAGAAACCACUGCCCCAAAUUGAGGAAUGGAGGAUGACACGCGUUCCCUUUGGAACAACGGCGAGUCCGUUUCUGCUCAGUGCUACACUAAGACAACACCUCAACACAGCCAGUGACUGUGACAAGAGCAUUGCAGAGACAUUGGCAACGUCAUUCUACGUCGAUGACCUCCUGACGGGGGCAGACAGUGAUUCCGAGGCACUUCACAUCUACGAGACUGCGACAAAACUUCUCGGAACAGCAGGAAUGAAACUACAAAAAUGGGCCUCAAAUUCGGCAGCAUUGGAUCAUAAAUUCAACAGGUACAACGACGACGAGACAGAGAACAACAAACUGCUCAACAACAACGAGAUCACAAAGGUCCUUGGCCUCGCUUGGAAUAAAAGCGACGAUAACUUCAAAUUCACGGGAUGCAACCUGCUUGAGGUUGUCGCAUCUUCUGCGAACACAAAGCGCGCCGUCCUACAGGCAUCUGCUCGACUCUUCGACCCAUUGGGAAUAUUGUCACCUUACACUAUCCGAAACAAGAUUUUGUUUCAAAAGCUGUGGGAAGAUAAGCUGCCGUGGGACUCGCCACUACCACAGGCAAUCGCUGAAGAAUGGAACAGCUGGUGCAGUGAGCUGCUACAGCUCAAGCAUGUAUCUGUCGACCGCUACGCAAUGCGUGGAAUUGAGGGCCAACCAAGGCGGCUACAGCUACACACGUUCACCGACGCCAGUCCCCUCGCUUACGGAGCAUGCAUAUAUCUACGUGCAGAAGACUACUUCGGCAACGUCAGUGUAUCCUUACUUGUCGCCAAAGCCCGAGUAGCCCCAAUCAAGAAAUUGUCACUACCGAGGUUGGAGCUAAUGGCGGCACUCGUCGGAGCACGCUUCGCGAAGUUUACGUCAGAUGCCUUAACGAAUCUAAAACCGGAAACAUGGUUUUGGUGCGAUUCUACUAUAACGCUGGCCUGGAUCAACAGUUCACCGAUCAAAUGGAAGCCUUUUGUCUGCAACAGGGUGCAGGAGAUACAGUCUCUCACGGAUACCAAGAAAUGGUCACAUUGCCCUGGCACACAGAAUCCCGCCGACUUGCUAACUCGCGGGACAACGGUCAACAACAUAUCUCACAGUGAUCUAUGGCACAAGGGUCCGGAAUGGCUAGCGUCGACGCAGCUCCAAUGUUCGCCUGACACUCAUCAAGCGGACGACGAGGCGUCACAUGCGAUUUAUGAAACAGGAGAGGAGGAGCGAUGUAUCACCAAAUCAGUGGCUGUGCACCUAGUUCCUGAGAAGGCGCCACCUCUUCUGGAAAUCGAACGAAUCAGCUGGCUACAAAGGCUCCUCCGUAUCACCGCAUGGAUUCGAAGAUUUACAUGGAACUGCCGCAACGCAGCCAGCGACAGGAAACAAGGCCCUUUGGACACAUCUGAGGUACACGAGGCCGAGGAGUACUGGAUAAAACAAGCACAGCAUGAUGCGUAUUUUGUAGAGAUUGAUCAACUCCGUGAAAAUAAGAAACCGUCAAACCAGUCCAAAACCCACAUACUUCGAUUGCGACUGGACACGAAGGGUUUCCUGCGACUCGAAGGAAGGCUGCACUUUGCGUCAGAGGCAGAAGGUACAAAACAUCCUAUUCUGCUUCCAAAAGAACAUCCUUUGACGAAGCUAAUUGUUCGAGCUGCUCAUCAUAGAGUGCUUCACGGAGGUGUGCAGGACACGCUAACUGAAAUCAGUGAGACAUUUUGGGUACCGCAGGUACGGCAACUGGCUCGCAAGAUCAUUGGUCGCUGCACGGUGUGUGCAAAAGCGAAACUGAAAGCGGCACAAGCACCCACCGCACCGCUUCCCGAAGAGCGUAUUCAACGAAGUGAGCCUUUUGAGAUCGUCGGUGUCGACUUUGCUGGACCUCUCUUGCUCAAAACAAAAGACGGUGUCGAAAAGGCGUACAUAGCACUGUUUACAUGUGCUGUCACCCGCGCUAUACACCUGGAACUUGUACCCAACGUCACAACGAAGUCUUUUCUGAUGUCAUUCCGAAGAUUCAUAUCCCGAAGAGGCAUGCCAACCACCAUCUACUCUGACAACGCCAAGACAUUCCAGAGAGGUUCCAAAGAAGUGAGAGCAAUGUGGAAGGCUAUGAGAGCUUCAGAAGUUUACGAUUUCUGCUCGACUCAAAAAAUCCACUGGAAAUUUAUCGUGGAACGAGCCCCUUGGUGGGGCGGCUGGUGGGAACGCAUGGUAGGUGGGAACGCAUGGUAA